AUUAAAUAAAAUUAGUUUGAUCAUAUGAUUCUGGAGUAUCACCAAAAGACAGCAGUAUAGUUGAAAAAACGGAGCACGAACGAUAGAAAUGAAUUAGGAGAAGAAGUCGAUCGGAAUCAAAAAUCCCAACGCAAUCCAUUUAAAUGAAGUAUCAUCAAAAUCUGUAAAAAUAGGUGUGUGCGUUUCUAAACCCAAGGGGCUUCGAAGAGGCUCUUCGUCAGAGGUGGUGGUUUACUCUGAACCACCACCUCCGACCGAAUCUAAGAGCCUCUUCAAGCCUAAGCCCCGUACUCCUUCCGACAUUGUUCGUAAUACUAGAGAUCUUCUCCGUCUCCUUCAAAAUUCUAAUUCUUCUGAUAACAAACGCGAUAAUGAGAAGAUGAUCGAGUUGUUUAAGAAUUUGAGAGAGAUGAAAACGAUUCUGUAUGGAAAUAGUGAAGCUGAACCAGUUCCUGAAGCUUGUUCGCAGUUGACUCAAGAAUUCUUCAACGAAAACACUUUGAGACUUCUUGUUCACUGUCUUCCAAAAUUGAAUUUGGAGGCUAGGAAAGAUGCUACUCAAGUUGUUGCAAAUUUACAGAGGCAACAAGUUCAAUCCAAGCUGAUUGCAUCUGAUUAUUUGGAGAAAAAUUUGGAUCUUAUGGAUAUUUUGGUAUCUAGCUAUGAAAACCCGGAGAUGGCUCUGCACUAUGGUGCAAUGUUAAGGGAGUGUAUAAGACAUCAGAUCGUUGCAAAAUAUGUUCUUGAAUCACCGCAUAUGAAGAAGUUUUUUGACUACAUUCAACUUCCAAAUUUUGACAUAGCUGCAGAUGCUGCAGCAACUUUUAAGGAACUCAUGACGAGACACAAAUCCACUGUAGCUGAAUUCCUUUCCAACAAUUAUGAAUGGUUUUUUGAUGAAUAUAACUCCAAGCUAUUGGAAUCUUCCAAUUACAUUACAAGGCGACAAGCUGUGAAGUUGUUGGGAGACAUGUUACUUGAUCGCUCAAAUGCAGCUGUAAUGACGCGAUAUGUCAGCUCUAGAGACAACUUAAGGAUUUUAAUGAAUCUCAUGAGGGAGUCAAGCAAGAGCAUACAAAUAGAAGCAUUUCAUGUUUUCAAGUUAUUUGCUGCUAACCAAAAGAAACCGGCUGAAAUCAUUGGUAUACUUGUUGCGAACAGAAGCAAGCUUCUUAGGCUGUUAGGCGACUUGAAAAUUGAUAAAGAGGAUGAACAAUUUGAAGCUGACAAAGCUCAGGUUAUGAAGGAAAUUGCUGCUCUUGAACCUAAGGAGUAGGGACCAUCAUGAGCUCCGUGUUGUGUCAAGUAGCAAGUUGAACUGUGCCCUUUCAUUUCAAUUGGUCGUCUAUUGUUACAGCUCUUUUAGUCUUCAUUAAGUUAACAUUAAUAUUUCAUACACAUUUCUAUGUUUGAGUUUCAUAAUUUUAUUUUGGUUCUGUAAAUUUAUUACAAAAAUAAAUGGCUCAAAAGAGAUACAUGCGAUAGAAGUAUAUAACUUUCUUGGUGUUACUUUACCGUAGCAACUCAGGAGAUUAUAAAUUGCAAAGGUCAUGCUAAAAAUUAUAGGGUUAAUUUAUUUUUACUACUGUA